GGAGACUCCACGACUGUGCCUUUGCUCCCCUUUGUACCGUGAUCCCAGUGCCCCUGGGAGCUCUCUCCCCUGCGUGUGAAGUGAGGAGAACAAACCACGUCAGCCGCUCCCCCAGACCCUCCCGGAGUCUUUAUCAGAGCUGGGCCCUCGUUCUUGCCACAUCCCCAGAAACCCUUCACGUGUGUCUCAGCACUGCGACGGUGGGGAGCAGGCAGUGUCCCGGCAGCUCCCGGAUCCUGCUGGACUGUCCAGCCCUGGGCACGAACCUGCUCUACAGGCAUCAUGAGGAGAGCCCUGCUGCUCGCAGCACUCCUGGCCCUCAGCCCUGUGCCCGGCAGCCUCGGGGCGGUGUGUGAGGGGCCACGGGAGCAGGCGGUGCCCAGCCGGGCCCACGGCAAGGACACGGAUUCCUACCAGCUGCCCCCGUCACUGCUCCGGAGACUCUACGACAGCUCCGUCUCCCUGGAAGGGCUGCUCCGAGUGCUGAGCAGGGCGAGUGUGGGCCCUAAGGCAUCUUCACUGGCUCAGAAACGUGACAUGCAUGAUUUCUUUGUGGGACUCAUGGGCAAGAGGAACACCCAGGCAGCCACCCCCGUGGAUGGGAACCAAGAGGAAGCCCCCAAUUUUGGUACCAUCAAGUAUCCCCCCGAUGUGGAAUAAGCACCCCGCUCUGGAUACCUGGGCUGCCUCGUGAAGACCCCUGCUGCCCUAUUCCAGCCCCCAACUGCAUGGACCCUUCUUUUCCUUUCUUCCCAUCCUACUGGAACACUGUGUGCUUCGACUGCUUCCUCACCCUCUACCCCACUUUGAUGCAGACACUGAAUAGUGAGCACCUCCAAGUUCAGGCGGCCAAAGAUUCUCAUGGAGUUUCUGUCAUAUUCUAUAUGAAAAGUUGAGGUCUCUCUUCAGUCAACAAUAAAG